CGACGCGCGACGCGCGACGACGCGCGCACACGAGCCUGGGGCAGCGCGCGGGCGUGGAAAAUGACGUCGUCGCGCUCGAGCGCGCGCGCGCGCUCGAUCGUCGCGCGUGCGUCAGUCGGUGCGCGGUGCGCGCGCGAGAGCCAAAAAUAAGCCGAGCGCGCGCCGAUGGAUCCGAUCGUCCAUCGCGCGUUCGUCGCGCCACCGCGCUCGAGGAGACGCGCGUGGAGACGACGCGGGGUGGACACGGAACGACGACGUCGACCGGGGCGACGACGGGGCGCGCGACGGCGAUGCGCGAGCGACGGGGUCGACGGGACGCGCGCGACGGCGACGCGCGAAGACGAACGGACGCGCCGAGGGAGACGACCACGCGACAGGUGCAGACGACGACGGCGAGGAAAGAAGACGUCGAUCGCGACGAUGACGUCCCGUCGCUCCGCGCGUUGCGGUCGGCGCACGAGCUCGUCGUCGCCGAGCGCGAUGAGGCGCGCGGGAUUCGCGAGCGCGCGAGACAUUGCGAGAGCGAGGCCAGACGACGACUCGAGCGCAUGAAACACGAGCGCGAUCGCGCGCGCGAGGAUUUAAAGCGCGUCCUCAUCGUCGUCGCACAAGUUCGCGACGGCGCCGCGGACGUGCGCGAUCUCUUUGAUUUCUGCGAGGCGUCCUCGGACGCCGGGCGCGACGUCGGUUGA